AUGCAGGACAGCGUUAAACUUAUAAUUAGAGGUUUGAGUGUGGCCAGUGUUUCACAGCAUAAACACCGCCAACAACUGUGGGUUUUGAACAGCAAAGUGGUAAUUGCAUUGGUGGUAAAUGGAUCACCUGGCCUCAACGACUACUACCUCCUGACAGCGACUGGCGAGGCGGAGUUAGGGAUUCACAGUUUGCCAGUGUGUAGCGCGGAGUUCGCCAGUGACCGUCUCGCUCGUCCCACUCGGCCGGCCGUCCUCAGUUCGCAGAUGUCUUCAGCAACCUGUCAUGCAGUUGGCGGGAUGUCUGGCUCUGGUAGUGGCGGUUCUGGCAGUCAUCGUCCACUCCUGGAGGUUUGA